UGCGCCUGACCGGUGUUGGUGUUUGGCAUUUGCUGGCCUCACGUUGAAAAUUGUCAAGAAUAUUUAUUUGACAGCCACAGCGCCUAUAUCACAUAGAAGUUCCGUUUUUCGGUGUUCUGAAGGUUUUGUCUCUAUAUUCAUCUCUAAGAGCUAUUUUAGGCUUAACUCAGAACUUGGCCAAGUACGUUAACGAGUGAGGUAGCCUACCGUCGACAGAGCCCAUGCUGCCACUGGUUAGCCGACCUAGCUAACUUCAACGAAGGUUCAUGUUUCUAUAUUACUUGUCUGACUCUAAUUUUACGCUAAAAUGAAGUGUCACUACGAAGUGCUUGGCGUUAAAAGGGACGCGACAGACGAUGAUUUGAAAAGGGCAUACCGGAAACUAGCUUUGAAGUGGCAUCCAGACAAAAAUUUGGACAACGCAGAGGAUGCAGCGGAGCAGUUCAAGCUAAUCCAGGCGGCCUAUGACGUCCUCGGCGACCCGCAGGAGAAGGCCUGGUAUGACAAUCACCGGGAGGCUCUACUUAAAGGGGGAGUGGAUGGAGACUACCAGGAUGACAGCAUUGACAUCCUCCAGUACUUCACUGUCUCCUGUUAUUCUGGUUAUGGUGAUGAUGAAAAGGGAUUCUAUACGGUUUACAGAACACUGUUUGAAUCCAUCGUAAGGGAGGAGAUGGAGCACAGUAAAGAAGAGGAUGAGGAGGACGAGGAGUUUCCAUCAUUCGGUGACUCCGAGAGUGAUUUUGAUACGGUUGUACAUUUGUUCUAUGCUCACUGGCAGAGUUUCUGCACACGCAAGAACUUUGCUUGGAAGGAGGAGUACGACACGCGGCAGGCCUCCAACCGCUGGGAGAAGCGCGCCAUGGAGAAGGAGAACAAAAAGGUGCGCGACAAAGCCCGCAAAGAGCGCAACGAGAUGGUGCGGCAGCUGGUGGCCUUCGUGCGCAAGCGUGACAAGCGGGUGCAGGCGCACAAGAAGCUGGUGGAGGAGCAGAACGCAGCCAAGGCUAAGAAGGUGGAGGAGCUCCGUCGCAAGCAGAAGCUCAGCCAGGCCAAGCUAGCAGAGGACUACAAAGAGCAGAGCUGGGCCGCUAUGUCCGAGCUGGAGAAAGAGCUCCAGCAAAUGGAGGCGCAGUAUGGCCAGGAGUUUGGAGACACGUCCGAGAGUGAGGACGAGGAGGUGGACGCAGAGGCGCUCAAUGGAGGCGGAGAUGCUGUCCAGAUAGAGGAAAUGGACGAUUUUGAUGACUGCUUAUAUUGUCCAGCCUGCGAUAAAUCUUUCAAAUCAGAUAAAGCGAUGAAAAACCAUGAAAAGUCUAAGAAACACAGAGAGAUGGUGGCGUUGCUAAGGCAACAGCUUGAGGAGGAGGACGAGUCUCUGACCGCAAACUCUGGGGAGAGAGGAGGAAAAGAGGGGGAGAAUGAGGAGGAGGACGAGGAGGAGGACAUUCCCCGGCAGAAGCUGUCCAAGAAGCAGAAGAAGAAGAAGAGACAGCAGAAAAUGUCCCAGCAACCUGUUGAAGAACCAGAGAAGGCCCCCAGUCCGCCCCCAGAGUGUAGCUCUGAACAGCCGCCAGCAGCACAGCCGCCAGCAGCAGCACAGCCGCCAGCAGCACAGCCACCAUCAGCAGCACAUCCACCAGCUGCACAGCCUGGCGCUGCUGAGGACGCUCCUCCACCGUGUGAGGACCAUUCAGAGGAAAUGAGCCCAGAGGGGCUUGAGGCCACAAACAAUAAAAGCUCAAUGAAAACCAAGGCGAAGAAAGGAAAGGACUUCAAGAAGGUCAGCAAGUCUCAAGGGACUCAGGAGGCAGCCCCUGAGAAGGAGCUGAACCUUCGUUGUGUGACCUGUCAGUUUGAGUUCUCAUCCAGGAACAAACUGUUCGACCACUUGAAGACGACAGGACACGCCAGUGCACUCUCCUCUGAUGCCAAUACAGCAGGCAAGAGCAGGAAAGAGAAGAGGAAAAACAGAUAGCUAUGGCUACAUUGACUCGGACUAAAUACUUUUUCAGUUAUGAACACUACCCCCACCACCUUUUUUUGUGGGAGUGGCUCUAUGAGUCGUGAAUGAUGGCUAUCCAAACUUGUUUUAAAUUAAACGUGACUGAAAUGGU